CUGUCUCGUCAACAGUUGCGCUCGUAGUGGCUAUCGUUGAAGUUACGCCUUGUAAUGCAAUCCAUUGAUAUUACGCAUAGAAUAAGCUUAAAGUGAAAAAGACGCAUGCAUAUGUUGUGAAUGGAAUAUGAAUGCAAGAUCCUUGAAACGAAGGUUUUCAAUGCUGUUGUGCUGCUAUGGUGUCAUCACCUGCUAACGAACCAUGAACUACUCCCCAGUGCAAGAACAUCGAUACCGUAGUUUGGGACUAAGAACAAUACAGUGUACUUUACCGAGCCGAAGAUGUGGAAAAUACAUAUCUGGAAGGGACCGCAAAGGAUGUUGAUGAUGAUGAAGCGGUAUACACGAGUUGGAGGCGCUGGUGUUCUCCUUGCAUUAGGAAUCCUGUUACUGUACGUCAUCUUUUGGUGCUCAAGAAAAGAACCACAGCCAUUGCAGAGGUUAUCAUAUCGACCAGAACUGUUUGACAUUGUAAAAGAAAGCAUUUUCACUGGAUUCAAUAAUGAAACAGGAUCCAAAAAUGGUGAAUACAUUAUUCCAAACAUCAUCCACUUCUUAUUCUUCGGAGAAAGUCGUAUAUCUUACGUCGCUGCGGUAUGUGUUUUGGCAGCGUUCAAGAACCAGCAUCCCGAGAAGAUACUAGUUCAUACAGACGUUGACAGUUUCAGAGGUCCGCACUGGGAGAAGCUGAAGAACACUCCAAACCUGACUAUAGAAGUUCAUAAAAUUCAAAUGCCAAAUGAGAUAUUUGGACAGAAGAUCAAUCAUGUCUGGCAUGCUGGAGACGUUACGCGAAUAAAGAUCUUGAUGGACUACGGAGGAAUAUUCUUAGAUAACGAUUCCUAUUUGGUGAGGAGCCUCGACUGUUUCCGGAAGUACGAAAUGGCUCUUGGGUUGGAUGAGAACGGUUACAUAGGAACUCAGGUUUUAGUUGCCCAUAAGGAGGCAAGAUUCCUCCGUUUGUGGCUGGAGACGUACAGAGAAUACUACCCUGAUCUCUGGUACUUCAACGCAGGUCAGAAACCGGCACUUGAAAUUCUGUGGCAUAAACCAGAACUAGUCCACAGCGUUAGAACACUGUUCGGAGUGCAUGAUCUAUCUCAGGAACUCUACCGACAAUACAACUGGAAGGAAUGGCGUAAUUAUCACACCAUCCACCUCUUAAUUAGACACAGACAUUACUUAGACAGUUGGUGGAAUUUUUACUGGUGGCCAGAACUAAAUGAAAUUAAUAUCCACGAUUACCCUAUGACGUUUGGUCAAAUGGCCCGGGAUGUAUAUGAUUUCAAAUGACAUAAACGAUGUAUUUGAGUGUACAAGGACAUAUGACUUUCCGAUUAUAGACCAAACUAUAAAAAUAUUUUAUUCAUACCCAUUAAAGAACUAACAGUCCCAGUGACAAGUUAAGCCUAGUUCAGAUAAAAUGCUAAUUUAUUUAAUUUAAAGAAAUAUAUAAUAUUAUAUUAAUAAUUAAUUUAA